AAGUGAAGUGUAAAUAAACGUCAGUGCAAUCUCGGGCAGCGGAGUGGAAGGACGGGCGCGGCUGUCUCGUCUUAUUUCCCCUGUUAUGUCUGACAGCUGUUCUCCUCGCCUCUGUUGAAAAAUAACUCUAGGCCAAAAUGAGACGAGCUUACAACGCUCAGACUGGGCCCUAUGCCUAUGGCCAGUUUGGACAUAACAAUGACACCCAGCACCUGAGUGAGGAAAAUGAAGAAAUGACAUCAGAGUUAAAAGACAAAGUCAAGGCCUUAAAAUCUUUAACAAUUGAUAUUGGAAAUGAGGUUCGAAAUCAGAAUACUAUGCUGAAUGAUAUGGAUCUUGACUACCACAAAUCGGGUAAUUUCCUGGAGAGAAGCAUGAAGAGGCUUGGCAUAAUAGGCAAAGGGUCCCACAAUUACCACAUGGUUAUUUUGUUUGCUUUUUGUUUUCUGGUAUUUCUCUUGCUUUGGCUGGCUCUGAAGUUUCGGUGAUGAGGCUAAAGGUGCAGAGGCAUCACUUGUAGGUGUUCCUUUUGGAAAAUGGUGAAUUUUUUAUAUGCGGAAACAGUAUGAAAGAUGACGUUUUAGCAGGUUUGAAACUAUCUAUGAUUCCCCCCCUCUAUUUUUUUUUCUUCCUUUCUUUUCUCUUUUCUCUUCAUAGAUUUUUUAAAUGUAUCUUGUGUGAACAAGUCCUCACAAGUUCUCUCAAUUCUUUUUUUUCUUUUGUAUUUCCUUACUCUGGCUGGCUCUUUAGCAUUGAUGAUCUGGCCUUUGGUGCCUGAGCAUCAUCCGUCGCUAUUUUGGUAAUAGUCGUUUUUAUAUACAGUGGAGCAGUGUGGAAGAUUUACAUUUUAACUUGGUUUGAAAUCUCCUUUUUCCUCACAUAGUGUAGCCUCCAGUUUUCUUCUCUUUUUAUCUUCAUUUUAAGAGAGGGCAAGAGAAACUAAUAUUGAAAGGAUAUUAGCAGUUAUUACUCUGUCAGUAGGGAACAGGGACUUUUAAUAUCUGAUAAAGUAACUGUGAUAUGUUUGUCACUUGAUGGAAGUCAGUGUAAUUGCAGGUAAUCACUGAUAAUUGCUGAUAAUGUUAACAUGUACAACAUAUUAGAAGUAUUGGCUUCCUUUAAGGUUUGUUAAUGCGAAUGAAACUGUGUUGUAUUUCACUGGAUGUAUUCCUUGUCAGACGAGAUUGUAGCAUGUAUGAUAAUAAGAUUUAUUUGUAGUUCAUAAAUCUUAGUAACAGGUAUCAUUGUAUAUUGUUUCUAAAAUUAUUGAAGAUUAUACUGAAUGUUUCUACUAGUUAGAGAAUGUUUUAUCAAAUAAAGAAUUUAAUUUUGAUAAUCAUUAAUCACA